GGGGUAUAAAUAGAAGGGGUAGUUGCACCGUUGACCCAGUGUUGGGUUGACACACGGUCAGUUCAGUCACUCAAGGCAUUCACUCUCUCUUUCUCUCUCGCUCGCGCCGCACAGCCGCUGCCGCCACCGCCUCUCCUUGAGUUCUCAUCUUUUUUCCCUCAUUGUGCGCGUGAAUUGUCGAGCGUGUGCACACCUCACGAGUCUCUUGCUCCUCGAGUCCCAGUUAGUCUUACUAGGUCGAUCCGAUGCAAUCCUGAGCACUGCCCUUUUCAUACUUGCGUUCGCUCGAGCGGAGUACAAUUUUUCAAUCCGAAGAUAUCGGACAGCGGUGCAUCUUGCCUUCUGGUACAUCGUCGAGAAGAUCUUUCCUACGAAUAAGAAGAUACGACGUUAGAAAGGAAGAAAAAGAAGCGUUUGCACACCGUGUUCAGUGUUACGUCUCGCGCAAGGGCGUAUUCCUCCAGCUCCACCUCGCCUCUAUCAUCAGCGCGGAUCAUUCGAAACUUCGGGCACACCGUCGAAGCACCAUAGCAACUAAUGUGCAACGAUCAUCAGGCCUUAGCAACAGCUAGUUCUCUGGAAGAAAGUGAGUCCUUCCUGACUUAAACGUUCGCGCUCACCCAUUGGGCGUUGAUCUCGCAGCAUCGUGACGUGAUAAGUCGGACCUCGAGCUGAUCAUCAGCAACCAGCGAAGUUAAGAGAUUUUCCUCUCUCGCUUAUUAUCCGACGUAACGAUGUCAGACGCACAGGGGAUCACGCAGGGAAUGGGCAAUCCUUACAAGAUAGUCGAUUACACCAGGGAGCGAAGGAAGGGCAUCACCGCUUCGUCUCUCAAGGAUUUGACUAACAUCGCGCGUAGCCGUCUGGCGUUGCCUGUGGACGCGGAUUUGACAAUCGUACUCGAGCAGGAUGGAACAGAGGUGGAUGAUGAGGAAUAUUUUGCCACGUUGGAAAGGAAUACAAGCUUGAUGGUGCUUCACGGUGACCAGAAGUGGAUCGCCGCGGGAAGCAGCAAGGCAACGUCUCGCUACAUCGUCGUGGACGACGUGGAUAACGUGGAGGGUAGUUCAAGGAUCGAUAAGAUCCGACGACAACGAACGCCCAUAGAACCCUUGGUGUCGUCGCUGCAUGGUGAUCCAUCGCAUAUUUCGCUGCUCGGCGGCAACGACUUGGAAUUGCUCAGCGAUAUGGAUCCGGACAGUUUAGCCGAUAUAGUGCCUGACAGACUCUUCCUCGAGCAGCUGAAAGAAGCGUCAGGUAGAUUCUUAGCGGAGAAGCGACAAGCGCAAGAAUCUAUGGCUCUCCUUCAGAUGUAUGCGAGCGGCGGUGAGAUGGAGCGAGCGUAGGCCAUGUGGGGGGUGGGCGCCCUCACAUUGGCUAAUAUGUAUAGAGUGCGACGUCGCAUAUUCUACAAAGGUCGACAGCUGCAACAAACUCUGAUCUUAUUCUGGAAUUGAGCCCAUCUGAUAUCUCACUUUACACAAUAAUAGAAUUAAACUCUUACGGAGAACACGAGCAUCUCAGUUGCUAAAAACAACGUGAUGCACAUGACGUAUCAGUGACGAAGAUCUCGUAUUUUCUCUCGCGCAGAAACACACGAUACGAUGAAUGGAGUGACAGAGAUAUUGUACAGAGACAGGAAACGUGAAUAGUAACGUUCAUACACUCGGCAGAUUUAGUACUGUAAUAAUGUAUAGUUUCGUCUUAUACAUAUUAUUAUAUAUACACGUAGAGAAAGUAGUAGUUCUAAGUUUUUUGUAGAAUUUUUUUAAUCUAUAUACACUAUAUUCAGUGGCACAACUAUGCUUUGGCAAUAUUUUACAUCUUUAGUGAGCGUAUGGAAUUGCUUUGAUACAACAUAAGAACUUGCUAUAUACUGGCAGAAUUAUAUAUACGCGAUUUAGCUACUAACUUGUCUGAAUAUACACAAGGAAGCUGCAUAAAUAGCGGUCUCAAAGUGAAUAUUCCGUCGCGAUAUUGCCAUAUCAAGUAUUAGCGAAACGUGUUUUGUUUAUGGAAUUUUUGUACUUAGAUACGUCAUACCGAGAUUUAGUUCAACGAAGAUCGAUGGAAUAUUUAAGACUGAAUUUAUAGGGAAAAUAAAAGCCAUCCCCAUUAAAAUCACCAACUCAUUGUACACUCACGUUAGUGACGUAAUAGCGACAAAAAAAGUCGAUAUCAGCCCUUUGAUACCAAGCAAAGUUGUGCAUUUGAUAAAAAACGACAUCCGCAAAAAAGAGAGAAAAUAGACAGGUGUUUCUGACAAGAUUAUGCAUACACGUGCGUAACUAGAUACUAAAGAAUUCCAGUUUUAUGAUUACACAUUUGUUACUUGCGUAACAAGUAAUGUCAUAUUUAUAUCUAUGUGAUUCACAAAAGUUGAAAAACAAAGUAAUAUACAUGCGAAUACAAAUGUUGCAUUUUUUAAAGUCGAAAGUGUAUGUCUACUCUCUGCAGAAAUAUCCUGUUUCAAUAUCGUGACGUUCUUUGAUAUAUAUAUCGUAAUAUAAUUACAACACACCUCUCUCUAUGCACUAACUACAUAGUACAUAUUUAUAUUAGAAUUCAUACCACCACCGCGUUGAAAAUUCACGUAACUCGGAAAUAAAAAAAAAAAAGA